AAAAAUUCCCCGUUGAAUUUAAUCACCCAAUGCGAACCCUCCUCCGGACAACAGUACAACUGCAACCAGCAACCACGCUCUUUCUCCCACGAGCAUCUGCCAUCCUUACACAACAACGGCUUUCUCUCCAGCUCUUGGACCACCUGCUUCGACCACUUAUUCUCCCGCUGGUCUCGACCGCCGAAACAAGACGAUAUACCUUGCCUCGAUAGCAACCUUCAGCCUGCCCUCAGUCCCCUCGCCAUCUCUCCUCCACCACCAACCCAAGUCCGGCCCUCUCAAGGACUGCGGCAACCCCACGACGGCCUCUCUCUCUCUCGCGUUCCUUGUUUGACCUCCCUCGACCCGCCGAGCCGUCCAAGGUGGCCGGCCAUCGCCAGAAACAAACCCCUCUGUCGGCGCGGCUCCAGCAAGCCAGCUCGUCGCGCCGAUGUGGUGGUUCCUCCGAAUCCUCACCAGUGCCAUCUUCUUGCUAAGCAUAGUGCUUUCCAUCCCCGUCGCGUUCGAUGUCGGCGGCAGGGAUAGUGGCCUGGCAUACAGUCUUGCUCUCUGCAGCUUCUACUUUAUCUACUCGGCCAUCGCCGUCGUCACUCCCGCCGAGUCGCGCGUCCGAUGGGCCAUAUCCGUCAUCCUCCGUCUCUCGCAAUGGAUCGUCAUUCCGGGCCUGCUGAUCUGGGCCCUCGGCCGCUUCGCCGUUGACGCCGGCGCUACCAACUGGGUUGAGCGCACGUUACAGGGCAUCACGGCCUCCAAAUCGACGUCAUGGGGCGAGUGGGUGUUUGGCGAGGGCGGUGUUAUCGAGACCAUUACCUUAGGUGGUUGGGAUAAGACUUUAAGGUACUCGAGUCCGGUAUUUCAGCUUCUUGAAGGGUUUUGCACCUUGCUCGUCAUUCAGGCCGCAGGACAGAUCACGAAGUGGCUGGUCAAUAGAGGGCGAAGUGACACUUGGAUUAUCAUCCUGCUCGUCAUCUCCGGCAGCGUGCUUGCGAGCGCCGUCUACUUCCUCUGGCGCGUCGCCCACUUCCCCUACAUCGACAACUCCGAUGCGAUCCUGAUCGGUGUCACCAUGACUUCGGCCUUCUUCCUCUGCGCGUAUGGAAUCGGCAGUGGUCGCGGAAACCCUGUCGAGUCGUCGCUUCUCUUCGCCUACGUCGUCCUCUGCGUCUAUCAAAUCUUCACUGAUUACCUCCCCUCCGAGUCCACCGAGGCGGACCAACACCAGUCGUCUCAGCCCGACUUCCCUCCUCUGCCGCCCAUCAUCAUGGCAUCGUACUCGACCCUCCUUCACAUGCUCGGUUCUCUUCCUUACGCCGUCCACUCGUCUCUCAGUCUUCUCUACGCCGCUUUCCAGACCAUCACCCCAUCUGUCAUCAUUUCGCUUGCUUUCCGACUUCUCGUCUUCUAUUGCGCUACCCGCAUCAUCCCUGCGGUCCGCGAAUCUGGGGCUAGGGCUCUCAUGGAAGAGCCAUCUCUUGAGGAGUCGGACGCAGCCAAUUGGCUCAUUGGAACCAUCACUUACUUCUCGCCGUCGAUUCUGAUUGCCAUGUACACAAGCUUGCUUCUGCAGCAUUUCUCGACCAACGACGGACCGGAUGGUUGGACUCUUAGAGGAGGCGACCCAGGCGGGAACGUCUGGCGCUGGACGAAUGUGGCUGCGACAAUGUCCCUUUACGCGGUCGAGCUCUACUUAGGCAGCGAAGACCACGACAGUGGUCUGACAAACCAUUGGAAAAUGGAUUGAGUGCGAAACCAUCCAGCAUUUGCGAAGCGGUUAUAGCAUCUACGCCACGAAGGCAUAAGUGGUCACCUGCGUCCCAGGAAGACUUACUGAGCAUCGCCUGUUCGAGCAGGCCAACCAACAAAAUUGACGGAUCAACGUACAUAGGUCGUAACGACAGGACUACAGGGACAGGCACGGAAGGGGAAUAGGAAAGGUACAGAAAUACGGCGUUUCGGGGGAUUGAGGAGUCUGCAUGCUCGAAUGGCGACUCUUUUACUGCGUAUUCUGCGGAACGGCUUCAAGUGACAUUGACGACAAAGGCGGCUCAAUAGUUCGUGUUGCCACUGCUUAGGCAUCUCCACAUCACAUUAGGAAACUUAUCUUUUAAAUUGAUUGCCUUGGAAAUCA